AUGGAGGACGCGCAUUCCAAAGACGCCGAUGAGGUGUGCAAGUUCUUCGGAACUGGUCCGGAAGGAUUGUCGGAGCAGCAAGUAGAAACGCUGAGGAAGAAAUAUGGAGAGAAUGAAAUGCCCGCCGAAGAAGGAAAGUCCCUAUGGGAACUCAUCCUUGAGCAAUUCGAUGAUCUCCUAGUCAAGAUUCUCCUCCUCGCCGCCAUCAUCUCAUUCGUCCUUGCCCUCUUUGAAGAACAUGAAGAUCAAACAGAAGCCGUAACGGCAUUCGUAGAACCAUUCGUCAUUCUCCUUAUCCUUAUUGCCAAUGCUACCGUCGGAGUGUGGCAGGAACGAAAUGCCGAGUCUGCCAUCGAAGCUCUCAAGGAAUACGAACCAGAAAUGGCCAAAGUUAUCCGUUCUGGACAUCACGGCAUUCAGAUGAUCCGUGCCAGAGAACUCGUUCCAGGAGAUCUCGUUGAAGUUUCAGGUAACAUCUCGAUAAUGAAUGAAUGUAAUAAUAACUGUUUUCUUUCAGUCGGAGACAAAAUCCCAGCCGAUCUCCGUCUCGUGAAAAUCUACUCCACCACCAUCCGUAUUGAUCAAUCCAUCCUGACCGGAGAGUCUGUUUCUGUCAUCAAGCACACCGACUCCGUACCAGAUCCACGCGCUGUCAACCAAGACAAGAAGAACUGUCUUUUCUCUGGAACUAAUGUUGCUUCCGGAAAGGCUCGCGGAAUCGUUUUCGGAACUGGUUUGAACACUGAGAUCGGAAAGAUUCGUACUGAAAUGGCCGAGACUGAGAACGACAAGACCCCACUUCAACAAAAGUUGGACGAAUUCGGAGAGCAGCUUUCUAAAGUUAUCUCUGUGAUUUGUGUUGCUGUUUGGGCUAUCAACAUCGGACAUUUCAACGAUCCAGCUCACGGAGGAUCCUGGGUCAAGGGAGCCAUUUACUACUUCAAGAUUGCUGUCGCUCUUGCCGUCGCUGCUAUUCCAGAAGGACUUCCAGCUGUUAUCACCACCUGUCUUGCUCUUGGAACUCGUCGUAUGGCUAAGAAGAACGCUAUCGUCAGAUCACUUCCAUCUGUUGAAACCCUCGGAUGCACAUCAGUAAUCUGCUCUGAUAAGACCGGAACUCUCACCACCAACCAAAUGUCCGUGUCCAAGAUGUUCAUCGCUGGAAAGGACACGAAAGGAGACCACAUCGACUUUACCGAGUUCGCUAUCUCUGGAUCCACAUACGAGCCAGUUGGAAAGAUCACCCACAAUGGACGUGAAAUCAACCCAGGAUCUGGUGGAGACUACGAAUCGCUGAUUGAAUUGUCUAUGAUCUGUGCUAUGUGCAACGAUUCUUCUGUUGAUUACAAUGAGUCGAAGAAGCAAUACGAGAAGGUCGGAGAAGCAACAGAAACCGCGCUCAUCGUUCUUGCCGAAAAGUUGAACGUUUUCAAUACAUCGAAGGCUGGACUUUCGCCAAAAGAGCUUGGAGGAGUCUGCAAUCGUGUCAUCCAACAAAAGUGGAAGAAGGAAUUCACUCUUGAAUUCUCUCGUGAUCGUAAAUCUAUGUCUGCCUACUGUCUCCCAGCCUCCGGAGGAAAUGGAGCUAAGAUGUUUGUUAAGGGAGCCCCAGAAGGAGUUCUUGGAAGAUGCACCCACGUCAGAGUGAAUGGACAAAGAGUUCCACUCACCCCAGCCAUGACCCAAAAAAUUGUUGAUCAGUGCGUUCAAUAUGGAACUGGAAGAGACACUCUUCGUUGCCUCGCUCUCGGAACCAUUGACUCCCCAGUCGCCGUUAGCAGCAUGAAUCUCGAGGACUCCACUCAAUUCGUGAAGUACGAGCAAGAAAUCACAUUCGUCGGAGUCGUUGGAAUGCUUGACCCCCCAAGAACUGAGGUUAUGGAUUCCAUCAAGGCUUGCAACCACGCCGGAAUCCGUGUCAUCAUGAUCACCGGAGACAACAAGAAUACUGCUGAAGCCAUCGGAAGAAGAAUUGGUCUUUUCGGAGAAAACGAGGACACCACUGGAAAGGCUUACACUGGACGCGAAUUCGAUGAUCUUCCACCAGAGCAACAAUCGGAGGCUUGCCGUAGAGCUAAGCUUUUCGCCCGUGUCGAGCCAUCCCACAAGUCCAAGAUUGUCGACAUUUUGCAAUCCCACGGAGAAAUCACUGCUAUGACCGGAGACGGAGUCAAUGACGCUCCAGCUUUGAAGAAGGCCGAAAUUGGAAUUGCUAUGGGAUCCGGAACUGCUGUCGCCAAAUCUGCAUCUGAAAUGGUUCUUGCGGACGAUAACUUUGCUUCCAUUGUAUCCGCUGUCGAAGAAGGACGUGCCAUCUACAACAACAUGAAACAGUUCAUCAGAUAUCUUAUCUCUUCCAACGUCGGAGAAGUCGUUUCCAUCUUCAUGGUCGCCGCACUCGGAAUUCCAGAAGCCCUUAUCCCAGUUCAACUCCUUUGGGUUAACUUGGUCACUGACGGUCUUCCAGCUACUGCCCUUGGAUUCAACCCACCAGAUCUUGACAUCAUGGACAGACACCCACGUUCAGCUAAUGACGGACUCAUCUCCGGAUGGCUCUUCUUCAGAUACCUCGCCGUCGGAACGUAUGUCGGAGUUGCCACCGUUGGAGCUUCUAUGUGGUGGUUCCUUUUGUACGAGGAUGGACCACAAAUCACCUAUUAUCAGCUUACCCAUUGGAUGAGAUGCGAAAUCGAGCCAGAUAACUUUGCCGAUCUUGACUGUGCUGUGUUCGAAGAUAACCAUCCAAACGCCAUGGCCUUAUCUGUUCUUGUCACCAUCGAAAUGCUCAACGCCAUCAACUCCCUUUCCGAGAAUCAGUCUCUCUUCGUGAUGCCACCAUGGAAGAACAUCUGGCUCAUGGCUGCUAUCACCCUUUCCAUGUCUCUCCAUUUCGUCAUUCUCUACGUUGACAUCAUGGCCACCAUCUUCCAGGUUUGUUUUUUGAACAUCACUCCACUCAACUUGGUCGAAUGGAUCGCCGUGUUGAAGAUCUCAUUGCCAGUGCUUCUUCUUGAUGAAAUUCUCAAGUUCAUCGCCAGAAAUUACAUCGAUGGUAAGCCGGAAACAACAGGAGCAAAGGCGCGAAGCGCCCUUUCGUUGCUUGCCUGGGUGUCCGUUACUCUUGCGUAUUUCGCAUGGAUGUUAGGCCCGUACGCCGAGCUCAUCAACCAUGCUCUGGUCGGCCCAUCCGUCGACCCGUCGAAAUUUGACCCGGUUGUCGCUGACAAGUUGCAUAACGAAUUGUGA